CUUUUAUUUCAGCUGUCUUGCUUGCAUUCUGACAGCUUUAUAAAAUCUUUAUGAAGGACUUCAUAAAGCAACAUUUUAUUGCCAACUUAUAACUUUGAGCAUUUAAUGUGUUUUUCCAGUCCCAGAGUGCUACUGUACAGUUUAAGGCUACAUUUUCUUUUUAUUUUUAAAUCCUGACGUUGUAUUUGAAGUAUGUUGAAUUUUAUUUCAGUAAACCACAGGGAAAACAAUCACUGUAUGAAGAGUAUCAUAUCCCAGAAUCCAAUGUUUGCAAUGUCAGGGUUUAUCCAAACUAACUCAAACUUCCUGUGAGCGAGAGGAUGAAGGGAGGGAAGGAAACAACAAAAGAGCGAAACAGACAGAGAGGGACAUGAGACAUGAAACACAGACAAGGUGGAGAGACUGUCGUCUUUUUGCCUCUUCAAUGUGAAGAUGUUUAGCUUCAUGUAAAUGUUCAGUUUCAUUUAAGGUGUAGGGGGCGUUUUAGGGUCUAAUUUGAGUGUCAGCGCUUCUGUUUCACACUCCAGAUCAACUUCUCAUCCAUCUACAUGUACAGAUCCAGCCCCCAAGCCACAGAGAUGACCCUUACGGAGGGUUCACUGAAUCUGAACCUCACAUCAACAUCGAUUCCUCCCCUAACAACCAAUACUUCUCCACCAAACCGUGAACCUUAUUUACACAGACUGGCCCACUUGGAUGAAGGUCUCUAUAAUGACUUUUACAGCCUGUGGAUAGCUCUGGUGGUCAUCAACACCCUUAUCUUUAUGGUAGGGAUGACCCUGAACAGUCUGGCUUUGUACGUCUUCUGCUUCAGGACCAAGCCGAAGACCACGUCAGUCAUCUACACCAUUAACCUGGCGGUGACGGACCUGUUGGUUAACCUCUCCCUUCCCACUCGUAUCAUACUGUACUACAGUGGAGGAAAGUGUCUCAACUGUUCCUACAUGCACAUAUUCAGCUACUUCGUCAACAUGUACUGUAGCAUCCUCUUCCUCACCAGCAUCUGCGUGGAUCGCUACCUGGCCAUCGUUCAGGCGGAGGCCUCACGGAAGUGGAGGAACCCCAACGUGGCCAAAAUGGUGUGCGCCUGCAUUUGGCUGUUCGCCAUCAUCGUGACCUACUCGCUUCUCACGACGGCCUUCAAGCACUCAGGCUGCUGCCUUUCCAAACUCUUCGCGCUGACUGUUUUUGAGUUCUUCCUGCCGAUGGUGAUCAUCGUAGCGUUUACUAUUCGAAUCAUGUGCGCCCUUUCCAGCCCGGGCCUCAUGCAGCAGAGCCGCGACAGACGCAUGAAAGCCGUACAGCUGCUGUCGACCGUUCUGGUGAUCUUCACCGUCUGCUUCACGCCGUUUCACGUCCGUCAAGUUCUGUUUUACUUCCAUCCUGAUUUGCCUCAUCAUGUGAUCGUGUACCAUGUGACCGUCACCCUCAGCAGCCUGAACAGCUGCUUGGAUCCUGUGGUCUACUGUUUCGUCACCACUAACUUUCAGUCUACCAUGAAGAGAUUUUUCAGGAAGAUGGAAAGAGAGCAGACAAGCGGAGAUAUUGUCAGCAUGCAGAAGAGCUCAAAGGCUUCAGGCCCUGUGAUUGCUAUAGCUAAUAGUAUAAGGAUGAACAUGAGGCCCAUCCAGCAGGGAACUCGACCCGCGUGA